AUGCGUCUCCCGUCAUACACGACGCAAGACCAACGAGAAAUGAUUCGCUCGCUGGCCGCCCCGCACAUAGAAGACGGCUCAGAAAUCGUGAUGGACGCCGAGGAAUACCUGCAACCCCGGGACUCCAGCAACCUGGCGACCCGAGACCAGUCCCUCUCCGACGGGUCCAGCACGAACGCCACCCACCAGCACGGGUUCGGCCGGAUCCGGCAAUUCGGCCACCCGCACCCCUCGCGCCACUCCGUCAUGGGUUCGCUCACGUCCUGGGUCGGGGACUCGAGUCGGGCCAACUUGUCGGAUUGCACGGCCAUCUUGGGCGCGUCUCACCAGCAACUCCACACCGGACGUCCGCGUCGACGCAGCAGCCAAGAUCCGGCCGUCACUAGUCAUUUCGGGUCCAUGAUCGGCAUCCCGGUGCACGAGGCCGGGGUUAUGGCCAGCAGCUUCAUGUCCAUGCCGAGAGAUGGCGUCAUGUCCCGAACGGCGACGCCGAACCCCUUAUAUGUUAACCAGAGCUUCGGGAUGUUGCUGGAAGAACCUGCUGCCAGGGGUUCCGUCGGGGCGUUGCGCCAUUCCGGUCCUCGGGCAGAAUCCGCACAUUCCAUGUCGACUACCGGUGAGUUGCAGCCAACGUCUUCACGCGAAACGGGCGCCACUGGGCCUUUGUAUCGCCGCCGUGACGCCAAAGUCGGGGAAAUGAAACUCCAGUUGCCGUUGGACGACAACGACUACAUUAUGCCGUCCCCGCAGAACGGGGGUAGUGCCAAGAAGCCCAAUAGUGCACAGGCCAGAUACCCGUUUGACGUUCCUGAUCAUGGCAGCAGAGCCAACUCAUGCGCCUCUGCUCCUCCUUCAGCCGGCGUGUUCAACGGGGGGAUGGCGUUCAAUGUGGCGGCCUUCCUGGCGACCAACAUGAACCCUAGCCCCACGGCGGGCUGGGACAACCCGGAAUACCACCUAAUGGCGCAAAAGUUCGAGCAGCAGCAGCGACAGCGUCUGUCCAGCCACAACGUCAGCACAGCGUCCUCGCCGUCGUACCAGGCGUCGAGUUUGGCGAGCACGGCAUCCCCGUUUUCCGGUCGGUUCGGAACCCGUGCCAACGACAGCCCGUCGUUCCCCGCCCUGGCAUCAACUGCCGUGCGGUACCAGAACACUGACCUGGCGUCGCCGACCGAGGUCAGGGAACGGUUCGGGCCCACUAGAAGUUCGGAAGAAGAGUCGGACCACGAGUAUUACAACGAAAUUGACCGACUCAAGUACGAGAUGAAACCGCUGCAGCCGAAUGGUUCGCGACGGAAUGAAACCACUGUGUGA